AUGAUGGUGAUAGUGAUGGUGACUGUGACCGUUGCCCUUUCGCCGAGUAUCAUGCACGAAAAACAGAUGAAUCCGGUUGUAUUUGACAUGGCUUUGAUUGCUUGGGAAAAGUACUGGAAGAAGGCCGGAUGCUUUGAUCAAUGCCAAGCAACUCUCAUCAGUGGAAGUGCCGGCUGUCGUUGUUGGAAGCUAUCGAAGGGUGCAAAUCGGCGAUUGGCUCUCCAACUAAAACUUCUACGCAACACAUUGAGUCGUGGA